CGGAGGGAGCCAUGGAAGCGGCCGGCGCGCGAGGAGGUUGGCGGGAGGAGCAGGCGCCGGCGCUGGCGCUGCAGCAGACCCAGCUAUCCCGGCGCUCGGAGCAGUAACCACCGCCGUGCCCCGGAGACGCUGGCCUGGGUCGAGCCCCCUGACGGCCGCUUCCAGGACCCUGCUGAGCCCCGCCGGCCUGGCCCGAGCCCCUUCCUCCCUGGUGCCCCCUUGAGCUGCCCGGGGCGGCAGCUGGAGGCGCUCCGGGAUCCCGGCUCCCCCAUCCCAGCGGCUGGCGCCGUUAGUAUGCCCGCCUUCCCCGCGGCCCCCCGGGUGCGUUCCCCCCGCGGCUCGCGAAACCGGACGCGGCAGGGAGUUUGAGCGGCGUCGCCGGGCUGCUGCCGGCCCGGCCCAGUGCGUACUGCGCCCCCUCCUCGCCCCGUGGAAAGAGGGGCGUCUCCGGCCAUGUAUUUCCUGAGCGGCUGGCCCAAGAGGCUGCGAUGCCCUCUGGAGACCCUGGAGCAGCCGCUGCACAUCCAGACGGACCCCCAGAGGGCUUUCUUCGCAGUGCUGGCCCCGUCCCAGCUCAGCAUCUGGUAUAGCAGGCCCAGUGUAUUAAUUGUAAGCUACAAGGAACUAUCAAAACCAGCUUCUCAGUUUGGACCCUAUAAGCAAGCAGAAUGGAGGCCUGACAGCACCAUGAUUGCUGUUUCAACCGCAAAUGGAUACAUCUUAUUUUUUGAUAUUCCAUCCUCAAGGGACAAGUAUCUUUAUGAGCCUGUGUAUCCCAAACACCCAAGAAAUUGGACUGAUGUGCAUAUGAUCAGUGCCAGUAAGAAAAGGAGCAGAGCAGCGAGUAUGUUAAAUGAUUUCCAAAUGAAUUUUUGCUUGGUUGAGUGGAAAGUUUACCAUGUGGUACAUAUAUCAGCCCUUCAGACAGCCCUUUAUCAGAUAUAAA